CUCCCCGCUCGCCCGGUCCCGCCUUCUCCUGGUGCAUGUUGGCAGGUUAGCUGCGGCUGCCGGCGUCAUGGGGACUGCUUCGUCGCUCGUGAGCCCCGCGGGAGGGGAGGUGAUUGAGGACACGUAUGGGGCGGGCGGCGGGGAGGCCUGCGAGAUCCCGGUGGAGGUGAAGCCCAAAGCCCGCCUGUUGCGCAACUCGUUCCGCCGGGGCGCGGGUGCGGCUGCGGCCGGAGCCGGGCCGGGAUCUCUGCCCCGCGGGGCGGGCGGCGGCGGGCUGCUGGGGGCCAGCUUCAAGUCCACUGGCUCGUCAGUGCCGGAGCUGGAGUACGCGGCGGCCGAGUACGAGCGGCUGAAGAAGGAGUACGAGAUCUUCCGGGUCAGCAAGAACCAGGAGUUGCUAUCCAUGGGUCGUCGCGAGGCCAAGCUGGACACCGAGAACAAGCGGCUGCGGGCCGAGCUGCAGGCACUUCAGAAAACUUACCAGAAGAUACUUCGGGAAAAGGAAAGUGCUUUAGAAGCAAAAUACCAGGCAAUGGAGAGAGCAGCUACAUUUGAACAUGACAGAGAUAAAGUUAAGAGGCAAUUCAAGAUUUUUAGGGAGACCAAGGAAAAUGAAAUUCAGGAUUUAUUGAGGGCCAAGCGAGAGUUGGAGAGCAAACUUCAGAGGCUACAGGCUCAGGGGAUCCAUGUGUUUGAUCCUGGAGAGUCUGAUUCAGAUGACAACUGUACAGAUGUUACUGCUGCAGGAACUCAGUGUGAAUAUUGGACUGGCGGAGCCCUGGGAAGUGAGCCUUCCCUAGGGAGUAUGAUCCAGCUUCAGCAGUCCUUUCGGGGCCCCGAGUUCGCCCAUAGUUCUAUAGACGUGGAAGGACCCUUUGCUAAUGUCAACAGAGAUGACUGGGAUAUUGCUGUAGCUAGUUUAUUACAAGUUACCCCCUUGUUUUCACAUUCUCUAUGGAGUAACACUGUCAGAUGUUACCUCAUUUAUACAGAUGAAACCCAGCCUGAAAUGGAUCUUUUCCUUAAGGAUUAUUCACCUAAACUUAAGAGAAUGUGUGAGACAAUGGGAUAUUUUUUCCAUGCUGUAUAUUUUCCAAUAGAUAUUGAAAAUCAAUACCUCACUGUAAGAAAAUGGGAAAUUGAGAAGAGUUCAUUAGUUAUAUUAUUCAUUCAUUUAACUUUACCAAGCCUUUUAUUGGAAGACUGUGAAGAAGCUUUUCUGAAAAACCCUGAAGGCAAACCACGAUUAAUUUAUCAUCGUUUGGAGGAUGGGAAAGUCACUACUGACUCUGUCCAGCAGCUGAUUGCUCAGGUUUCUAACCUGAAGACCAACAAAGCCAAGAUCAUUGAACACUCAGGAGAUCCUGCAGAAGGAGUACAUAAAACUUACAUUUAUGUGGAAAAGAUUAUUAAACAGGACAUCCUGGGCUUUGAAAACACAGACCCGGAUACUAAGGAUUUGGGCAGUGAAGAUUCUGUUCCCGAAGAAGAUGAUUUUGGUGAUGUUCUGUGGGACAUACAUGAUGAACAAGAGCAAAUGGAAGCUUUUCAGCAGGCUUCAAAUUCAGCCCAUGAGUUGGGAUUCGAGAAGUAUUACCAGCGCCUCAAUGAUCUAGUGGCUGCACCAGCACCAAUUCCACCCCUUCUUGUGUCUGGAGGACCAGGCUCUGGAAAGUCCCUUCUUUUAUCAAAGUGGAUCCAAUUACAACAGAAGAAUUCCCCUAACACGCUAAUUCUUUCUCAUUUUGUGGGGAAGCCCAUGUCAACCAGCUCAGAGUCUUCCUUGGUUAUUAAACGACUAACUCUAAAGUUGAUGCAGCAUUCUUGGUCAGUAUCUGCUUUGACACUGGAUCCUGCUAAGCUUCUGGAAGAAUUCCCACGUUGGCUGGAAAAACUCUCUGCUCGUCAUCAAGGCAGCAUCAUCAUCAUUAUUGAUUCUAUAGAUCAAAUUCAGCAAGUUGAAAAACACAUGAAAUGGCUGAUAGAUCCACUGCCGGUGAAUGUAAGAGUCAUUGUUUCUGUGAACGUAGAAACAUGUCCUCCAGCAUGGAGGUUGUGGCCCACACUUCAUCUUGACCCUUUAAGUCCAAAAGAUGCAAAGUCUAUUAUAAUUGCAGAGUGCCACUCUGUAGGCAUUAAAUUGAGUAAAGAGCAGGAGAAGAAGCUAGAACGGCACUGUCGUUCUGCUACAACCUGCAAUGCCCUUUAUGUCACUCUUUUCGGCAAAAUGAUUGCGCGUGCUGGGAGAGCAGGCAAUUUAGAUAAAAUCCUUCUGCAGUGUUUCCAGUGUCAAGAUACUGUUUCAUUAUAUAGACUUACUCUGCACUCUAUCCAGGAAUCCAUGGCAAAUGAUAUAGAUAAAGAACUAAUGAGACAGAUUCUCUGCCUUGUAAAUGUUAGUCACAAUGGUGUGAGUGAAUCCGAAUUGAUGGAACUCUAUCCUGAGAUGUCCUGGGCUGUCCUGACCUCCCUUAUUCACAGUUUACACAAAAUGUGUUUGUUGACUUAUGGUUGUGGUUUGCUCAAGUUUCAACAUCUACAGGCUUGGGAAACAGUGAGACUAGAGUACAUGGAAGAUCCCGCCAUUAUUUCUUCAUACAGGCAGAAGCUAACCAACUAUUUCACCGUGCAGCUAAGUCAGGACCGAGUGACGUGGAGGAGUGCAGAUGAGCUGCCUUGGCUUUUCCAGCAGCAGGGAAGUAAACAGAAGUUACACGAUUGCCUUCUCAACCUCUUUGUGUCUCAAAACCUCUAUAAAAGAGGACACUUUGCUGAGUUGCUGAGUUACUGGCAGUUUGUUGGAAAAGACAAAAGUGCGAUGGCAGCAGAAUACUUUGAUUCCUUGAAACGGUAUGAGAAAAACUGUGACGGCGAGGAGAGCAUGAUUUGCUUGGCUGACCUUUAUGAAACUCUGGGGCGAUUUCUCAAGGAUCUAGGCCUCCUCAGUCAGGCUGUUGUGCCUUUGCAGAGGUCUCUAGAAAUUCGAGAAACAGCCUUAGAUCCAGAUCACCCACGAGUGGCUCAGUCCCUGCAUCAGCUAGCAAGUGUGUACGUACAGUGGAAGAAGUUCGGCAAUGCAGAACAACUGUUUAAACAGGCGUUGGAAAUCUCAGAAAAUGCCUAUGGUGUGGACCAUCCACAUAUUGCUCGUGAACUUGAGGCACUUGCAACUUUGUACCAGAAACAAAAUAAAUAUGAACAAGCUGAACAUUUUAGGAAAAAAUCUUUUAAAAUUCGUCAGAAAGCUACAAGGAGAAAAGGCAACUUGUAUGGAUUUGCCCUUCUGCGUAGACGGGCCCUGCAGUUAGAAGAGCUCACGUUAGGUAAGGACACACCUGACAAUGCUCGGACCCUCAAUGAACUGGGCGUGCUCUACUAUCUUCAGAACAACCUGGAAACAGCUGAACAGUUUCUGAAGCGGUCCUUGGAGAUGAGGGAGCGAGUUCUCGGACCAGAUCACCCUGACUGUGCCCAGUCUUUGAAUAAUCUGGCAGCUCUGUGCAAUGAAAAGAAGCAGUAUGAUAAAGCAGAAGAACUUUAUGAAAGAGCCUUAGACAUUCGGAGACGAGCAUUAGCUCCUGAUCACCCUUCUUUAGCUUACACGGUGAAGCAUCUUGCAAUUCUGUAUAAGAAGAUGGGGAAACUUGACAAAGCUGUACCUCUGUAUGAGCUGGCUGUUGAAAUUCGGCAGAAAUCCUUUGGUCCAAAGCACCCUAGUGUAGCUACUGCCUUGGUGAACUUAGCUGUUCUUUAUAGCCAAAUGAAAAAGCACAUUGAAGCCUUGCCGUUAUAUGAAAGAGCAUUAAAGAUUUACGAAGAUAGCCUGGGUCGAAUGCAUCCUCGAGUUGGAGAAACAUUAAAAAAUUUAGCUGUGCUUAGCUAUGAAGAAGGGGAUUUUGAAAAAGCUGCUGAACUAUACAAAAGGGCAAUGGAAAUAAAAGAAGCAGAAACGUCACUCUUGGGUGGAAAAGCUCCUUCCCGACACUCAUCAAGUGGAGACACCUUUAGCUUAAAAACCCAUUCUCCUAAUACUUUUCUUCAUCAAGGACAAAGGUAAUAGCAGCAAUUAUAAUUCAUUGCAAGUGCACCUUAGGAUAAAAUAAUUAAACAUUUGGAACAUUGGAAUUUAAAAUUUACAAAGACUGCUUUUAAGAAAACUUAUUUUUAUUUUUACUUUGUGUAUUUAACUGCUAUUUUAUGAAAUUUUAUUGGGACUACAUUGAAGUUUGAGUCAUGAUUUUUCAAUUUUAGUUAUUUAAAUGAAAUAACUUUCCUAUAGUAUGGGAACCAAGUAUGUAGACACGUGAGAAUCAUAAGAUGACCUGAAGAGUGGAUCAUGGAGAGGAGACUGGUCUGUUCUACAAGAGCUGGCAAAGCAGCUAAGACACGAGACUCAACAAUUCCAUGCAUCUCCUCAUCUCUCAAAGCUACUUUAGCCUUAUGGUUCCUCAUCUUGCUUUUGAGCAGCAGUCUGGCCCAGUUCUCUACCUCAAAGAAACAUUUCAAGGAAUAAAGGGAUAAUGUUUUUUGUUUUUUUUGGUUUUGUCUUUUUAGUGCCGCACCCGCAGCAUAUGGAGGUUCCCAGGCUUAGAAGGUCGAAUCAGAGCUUUAGCUACUGGCCUAUGGCACAGCCACAGCAAUGCCAGAUCCAGGCCACAUCUGUGACCUACACCACAGCUCACGGCAAUACCAGGUCCUUAACCCACUGAGCAAGGUCAGGAAUCAAACCUGUGUCCUCAUGGAUACUAGUCAGAUUCGUUUCCCCUGAGCCACAACGGGAACUCCAAAGGGAUAAGGUUUAUGGGAAGGUGUCUUCUUUUUAGGAAUAUCUGACUGCUGCAUUUGUUUUAUUCUACCUUUUCCUUGAGCAAAUUAGGCCAAGCUCUCUGCUUUCCAUGCUCUCUACAGUAUAUAUUCUUUUACUGCAUAGAAUAUACCUGCACAAUAUGACGUCAUUAAUGCAGUAACAGAUCAAGCUCUUUGGCAUUUUUUUGACUUUUCCCAAAAUAUGGACAUGACCUUUUUUCUUAAAUGACCUAAACCUAUCUCUCUUAUCUCAAACUCAAAUUGGCCAUUUUAUACGAAAAUUAAAUAUUUUUACAGACUUUAUAAAUAUUGCCCAUUUGGGAUAUUGUUUUGUAACAUUUAUGUAUUUAUAUAUAAUAAAAUCUUUAAUUUUAAUACUUGGUAAUUACUGAUUCCAACAUGUAUUAAUUGUAAAGGUGAAAGAUGCGAUAACUGUAUUUCACUGUUUCAAAAUAGAAGUGCAAUUUCAAAUUCUCUUUUUCCCACUCCAUUUCAUACAAGAGGGUCAUAUUUACAUAGUUAAGAAACAUGUUGAAUAUCCAGGUUAUUACAAAAAGACCUGGAUGUUGUCAAUAUUUCCUGACUAGUCCUCUCAACUUGAGUAGUCUGCUCAACUUGGAGUCAAUCCAGUGAUGCCACAGGAUUUUGUUAAUGUUCUCUAAGGUUUGGCUAUUCAAAGUGGUCCAUAAACCAGGAUCAUAAGCACCACCUAGGAGCUUAUUAAAAAUUCAGAGUCUCGAGCCUCUUCCCAGACCUAAUGAAUCAGAAUCUACAAUCUAGCUAGAUCCCCAGGUGAUUCAUAUGCACUUAAGUUUGAGAAACAGUGGUAUAAUUCUAAGGCGCUAGAGUAGUAGUGACUUAAGUGAGGAAGGAUCUUACAAAAUGAGCAUCAUUCUUCUCCCUUUUGGGAGAAGUUCAAGAAGAAAAAAGGAAGAUUAAAAUAUAAUCGUAACACAUCUUCCUGGGUUUACCAGCUGUGAAAGGCACAAAGUAACUGAAUUCACAAAUAUACCAGACGUUGAUUUUAGAAUUAAUCUUUUAUGGUAUUAGUAAUAUACUUAUGGUGGAUAAGUAGUUUAACACAUUAUAAGUAACAUAUUAAGUUUAAAUGCUUUAAACUGUAGGAAAUAAUCUGAGAUUUACAUUCAAGAGGAACCUUGAAAAAGGAAAACCUAGCAAAAGGGUAAUAUGCAUUUUUUUCUUUGUUCCUACAAAAUUUGAACUUGAAAAACAACAGAAAAUGAAAACAUAUUAUUCAAAGUGAUUUUAUGGUAAAUUAUUAUAGUUUUCAGAAAGUUUAAAUAUAAUUUUAAGACUAUAUUUUGAUCUUACUAAUUAUACUACCAACUCAAAUAUUUUCAUGUAGAAUGCCUAUGUAAAAAGAUAAAAAUAGC